AUGGCUACCAGAACAAUCACACACUACAUUACUCCAGAGGAUUCGCCACUGGGGGGAACCUCCUUAGAAAUCAUUGCUACUAUUGGUAAAGAUCCAUCUAUUAAGAAAAUACCGAUCAGUUUAACUAUAUGUUAUGAAAAGGAAAAACCUGAGGUUGAUGAUCAGGGCAACUUAAUAUCGAAGGUACAACCAUCUACUUUACAAUAUUAUCAUUAUUCUAUUCCAAAUAAAUUGCAAAGUAGAAAGAGUGAUGAGCCCGUAAUUGGCAUUCCAUUAUUAGAUACAAAUAACGACUGGGUCAGUGGUAUCUCACGGAAACUAGCAAAUGCUACAGCUAAAAAAUACCAAGUGCCAUGUUAUGUUUCAUGGUCAACAACGAAACCUUCAGAUAUGACAUCAAUUUCAAUGGAUCAAAUGUUUGUCCUAAAAAAUUGUAUCAAUUUUAUAAAUAGCAUAUAUAAUUAA